CUCUUCGAUGCUGGCAUUGGUGCUGAUACGUCCGCCAACGAUGGUGUAUACUCAGCAUAUUUUACCCAGUUUACAAAAGAUGGAAGAUACUCUCUGUCGAUCCUGGUAACAGACCCUCUUGGAACUGCAGCAAUCAAGACUGCGGGUAGCUCAGGAAGUGGAGCAUAUAACUUGAGACAAGAUAUCAUAAUUGAAACUGUGGAAGAGCCUAUACCACAUCUACAAAGACAGAGUUCUGCUGGAGCCGUUGGUGUAGAUGACCUUCCAUCUGCUGGUACGGAAGACCUUGACCUUUUCCCGCCAAACAAGGUCACUGAUUUGAAAGUUACCGACUUCUCAGAACUAGACGAAACUGUCACAUUGGAAUGGACGGCACCGGGAGAUGACUAUGAUUCAGGAACAGUUGCGAGAUUUGAAGUGUAUAUGCACGAUGACUUGGAGUUACUAUUGGAUGAUCCAUCAAAGGCUUUUAUUGUGAACGAAUUCUAUCUCGUCGAAGGGGAUCUCGUUCCUCAACCCGCAAACUCCAGACACAAGCUCGUUAUUAAACUCCCUAGAUCUGGCAAAGACAUCGUGUUUGCAUUUGUGAUGAGAAGUUGGGACGACGCUGGCAAAGCGAGUCCUUACUCAAAUGUUGUCACUGCAUUGAUGGAGGACGUCCCUGAAGAGAUAAAUGUAGAAACAACACCAACGACGACGACUGAAGCCAUAGAAAUGGUGACAAUGACACCCAAAGAUGAUUUCACUCUCAUUAUCGCCAUUAUAGGUGGCGUGCUCGGUUUCCUGAUGCUUGUUUGUAUAGGUGUUGCUAUGUGUGUGUACAACAGACGUGCCAAGGCACGAAAACAGAAGGAUAAAGUGUUGGAAACAGCUCCAACUGUAAAUGUUGCAAACCCAUCCCAAGUGCACCCCCUUGAUUAUAGUGAAUACAGUCAACCAGCGUUUGUAUACCCAGGUGCCAAUUUCAGGAGGAACCCCGCUUAUGAAAACGCUGUUGCUCAUUCUUACCAGUAUGACAACAAUGUCUGACCGAUUGAACCCUGUGAAAACUAUACCGUAUAAUAAUUUUGCAAAUAUAUUUAAAUAUACGUAUUUUUGUUCAUGCUCAAUUCAUAGCCUCUUGAUUGUGGCCAACAUGUUAAUUUUGCACUGUCUGUUUUUCAUGAUUUUUCUUAUACAUAUUUGUACUUUUUAUAAAUUAUAGAAUAAACACAAGUAAAGCAAUAAAAUGUCUAAAUUAAAUCAUAUAAAAAUAAAUACGAAUAUAAUAAAUAUGUUGUUUUUCCAUUAUAUUUUACUAUAAUGAAUAAAGAUAUUUUAAUAAAUAUAUACUAAAAAAA